UGAUUAUUAAUUUAUUUGUUAUUUUUUUGUUAAUGUAUACCUACCUAUUUAAAUUUUAUUUAUUUUAACAAAAAUAGUAUUGACUUAUAGUGAAAACUGUGCCUUAUUCAGUGGGAAUCAAAUUAUGCUCCUUGGUGUCUGCCAAUUUUAUUUUGAAGCCGGAAAGUAUAAGCAAACUGGCGCUCCCCAUUGGUAGUGCCUCCCCCCCGGUCCUGUGGGGCUCCAGGAGAAAAACAGCUUGACAAGAAUCGGUUUUAAUAGGUGCAAAAGUAUGUACCAACGCAUCAAACUCAAAUUGGUUGUUCUACUGUCGAAACCGAUCCACAUCUCGAGACAAUUGCCGAGAAAAAAGGGAAGUUAGUUACAGAAGGGAUUCAGACAGAUAAUUCGGGGGAAGAACCGAGGAUAUAGAGAGAUAGUGGACCAAGGAAGGCGGCUUGGGUUGAGGAGGUUGUCCAAAGUGGUUACAACGGCUUCCCGAACGGUCUCCAAGCGCAAAAACUUGAAGAACCUGCACCUGACGCUGUUCAAGAUACCGUCGCGGACGAUCAAGUCGUCGUUCAAGAUAGACGGGCACGCGGGCGGCGGCGGCGGCGGCAAAAAGCAGCGGCGGUUCGGGCUGGUGCGGAAGGCCUCAGGCGUGGCAGUGACACUGAAAGACUGGUGGCGCGAUGUAGGCCUCUGUCCGAAGGUCGCUAGCCCUUCGGCGGGCCUUCAUCCCGGAGGAGGCACGGCCGCCGCCGCCGCCGCCACGGUCGGAGGCGGCACACGCAGGAGGAAACAGGCCCAGAGAUCGAUGGGCCAGUCGUUUAGCGUGUGCAAAUUCAACAAUUGCCGGCAGAAAAAAAGCUUGCAUAUCAGGACUUCCGUCGACGCAGACCGGAUGCAGCCGGAUGGAAUCGUAUCGAGCAGCGAUUCCAACAGCGCUUCCGGCGUCCGACAGCAACGCCAACAACACAACAACGCGAACCACCUUUACGACCCGGAGUACGCGAAAAUCGAAGCCUGGCUCGACGAACAUCCCGACUUCGUGCAGGACUACUUCUUGAGGAAAGCGACGCGCCAGGUGGUGGACUCGUGGCUCGUGUCGCACGCGACGCCGACGUCCUCCGGCGGCGAGCUAGCGUCGCCGACGCACAACCAGGCGUCGCGCGGCGGCUCGGGCGCCACGACGCCCGUUCGCAAGAUAUCGGCGCACGAGUUCGAACGAGGCGGGCUGCUGAAACCGAUGAUCAGCACGAUCGACGGCCAGCCGACGUUUUUGACCGGAUCUGCCGAGCAUCACCAGACGCAGGUCAGCGACAGUCCUACGCCUGGUCGCAGGCAGAGGAGGAGCAGACACGAGCUGAGGCAGCUCGACGAAAAGGAGCUGAUUUUCGAGUUGGUAAAAGACAUCUGCAAUGAGCUGGAGGUGCGCUCCCUCUGCCACAAGAUCCUCCAGAACGUCUCGAUGCUGCUGCACGCAGACCGCGGCUCCCUCUUCCUGGUGCAGGGGGAAAAGGGGGGCGGUUGCACCCCCCUCCCCCCCGGCCAGCUACCGCGCGGCCGCUGCCUGGUCUCCAAGCUGUUCGACGUUUGCUCCAAGAGCACCUUGAUGGAGAUGGAAAAGAAGGACGAGAUCAGGAUACCUUGGGGGACGGGGAUUGUAGGUUAUGUUGCCCAAAGCGGCGAGGCUGUGAACAUUCCUGACGCCUAUCAGGAUAAUCGUUUUAACCACGAUAUCGACACAUUGACCGGUUACAGAACGAAAACUUUGCUGUGUAUGCCUAUCAAGGACACAAACGGAGACGUUAUAGGUGUGGCACAGGUUAUAAACAAACUAGGGGACCAACCGUUCACUAAGACGGACGAGGAGGUGUUUUCGAGUUACUUGCAGUUCUGCGGCAUCGGUUUGAGGAACGCCCACCUCUACGAGAAGUCGCAGUUGGAGGUGAAGAGGAAUCAGGUCCUCCUGGACUUGGCCAGGAUGAUUUUCGAAGAGCAAAGCACCAUAGAGCACGUCGUCUUCCGCAUUCUAACGCACACUCAAAGCCUGAUACAAUGCCAAAGGGUUCAGGUUUUGUUGGUACAUCAGGGAUCAAAAAUAAGUUUUUCCAGGGUAUUUGAUUUUGCGGCUAGUGAUCUGGACGCCGGGGAAUCCCGAACAAGUCCUUUUGAAAGUCGAUUUCCGAUUAAUGUCGGUAUUACUGGAUAUGUGGCUACAACUGGUGAGACUGUAAAUAUUCCUCACGCCGAAGACGACGAGCGCUUCGACCCUUCAGUGGACGAGGGUUCCAACUUCCGCCACCGCACGGUCCUGUGCAUGCCCAUCAAAAACAGCAGCGGGCAAAUAAUCGGCGUGAUCCAGCUGAUCAACAAGUUCAACGAGCUGCCGUUCACCAAGAACGACGAGAAUUUCGUCGAGGCGUUCGCGAUAUUCUGCGGCAUGGGCAUCCACAACACGCACAUGUACGAGCGGGCGGUGGUGGCGAUCGCCAAGCAGAACGUCACGCUCGAGGUGCUCAGCUACCACGCGACCGCGACCUUGGAGGACGCGCAGCGUUUGAGGAGUUUGCGCGUUCCUUCAUCGGCCCACUUCGGACUUCAUCACUUUUCGUUCGACGACAUCCAUAUGAAUGACGACGAAACCCUUACUGCCUGUAUAAGAAUGUUUCUCGACCUUGAUCUAGUCGAAAGAUUCCACAUGGAUUAUGAGGUCCUGUGCAGGUGGCUGCUGUCGGUGAAGAAGAACUACAGAAACGUCACUUAUCACAACUGGAGGCACGCGUUUAAUGUGGCCCAAAUGAUGUUCGCUAUUUUGACUGCUACCCAGUGGUGGAACAUUUUCGGCGAGGCUGAGUGCUUGGCGUUGAUGAUAGCGUGUGUUUGCCACGACCUUGAUCACAGGGGAACCAACAAUUCAUUCCAAAUAAAAGCCUCAUCGCCUCUAGCACAGUUGUAUUCAACGUCCACCAUGGAACAUCAUCAUUUUGACCAAUGCAUCAUGAUUCUCAACUCGCCUGGGAACGAGUUGUUGUCCAAUAUUUCCUCCGAGGAGUAUACCAAGAUUGUAAGGGUCUUGGAGGAGGCCAUUUUGUCUACGGAUUUGGCGGUGUACUUCAGAAAGCGCGGUGCGUUCUUCAACGUGGUCAGAGACGGGCCUUGCUGGGCUCAGGACGACCACAGGGAUCUGCUCCGAGCCAUGCUGAUGACGGUGUGCGAUCUGGCCGCAAUUACGAAACCUUGGGAGGUGGAAAAACGCGUCGCCGAGCUCGUCUCGUCGGAGUUUUUCGAACAGGGGGACAUGGAGAGGGAGAAACUCAACAUUGUGCCAAUUGACAUUAUGAAUCGUGAGAAGGAAGACCAGUUGCCAUUGAUGCAAGUUGGUUUUAUAGACUCCAUUUGUCUUCCUAUCUAUGAGUCGUUUUCAACCCUAAAUCCUCAAUUGGAACCUUUGGUAGAGGGGGUACGAGAUAACCGCAAAAAGUGGCUGGAAGUGGCCGCGCAGAACAGUCUGGUGAGUUCGGAUCAGGAGGACGCGGAGGUCGACGAUAACGACAACGUCCCAAAAGCGCCGACCACCCCCGAAAACCAUUCGAGUUCCGCCACAAUUUCCGAGUAAAUUGUUUGUACAUAAAAAGAGUAUUUAUUAUUAUUUUUAAACACGAAAGACUUAAGGACCGCUGCAGAGGUUUGUUUAAUUGCAACUUAAUCGAAAAGACUAAGAAAAUCAAAAUGAGCGUGUAUAUAAUUGUUGAGUCUCGGCGCAGUAUUUUUCCAAAUUGCCGACAUUUGUUGAUUUAUAAAAAAAUCUCAAAUAUUGUUAGAAUAUGUACCUAUGCAUGCAACCACAUAAUGAACCACGAAUUUUAGCAUUUAAUUCCAAAAUAUUUUAUUUAAAAGUCGAUUUGUUAUGUGGCUUGGGAUUAAAGUUACAAAUUUGUACAUACUUUUAAUUUAUUUAAUUAUUAGCUCUCUUUACAUAGAUAGAAGAAAAUGUGUCUUUUUUGUGAUAUUUCGUUAACUCUACAGCAAUCUGUGGGGUGCCGUAUUUUUUAUAUGGUAUUACUCAGUUUUUAACAAGAUUUAGGAAAUCACCCCGAAUUCACCUGGACUUUGUUAAACAACUAUAAAACCAAAGUGUAUUUUAAUAUUUAAAUUAAUUUAGUUAUUUAAGUUAUUUUUAUUUAAUUCGCUUAAGAAUUUUGUGUGAUGUGACAAUUUAGUAACUUUACAAUAAUUUUUCUGUAAUUUCGAUUAUCACCAUCCAUUAUAUCAGUACCUCGCAAAACAAUUUUAUUAGUUGUAUUUAAAAAUAACGGGAUCAUUAGAAAAAGUUCUGUAAGGUACUUAUACAUUGGACCAUAUGAUUAUACCUACAAUACAUGUAAAAUGUAAAAAUGACCACAAUAAUAUUAUUAAUAAAUAUUUA